GGGCUACACUGACGUGUCUCUCGGCCGAAAGGUUGCGCUCCGGAGCGGGCUGAGCCGAGGGCAGCGUCGCCUCACUCGGCGCGGAGCGAAGCUGAAGCGGGACCCGGAACCCGAGCAACCGACGCCAUGGCGAUCAAAUUUCUGGAAGUCAUCAAGCCCUUCUGUGUCAUCCUGCCGGAAAUUCAGAAGCCUGAGAGGAAGAUUCAGUUUAAGGAGAAAGUGCUGUGGACUGCUAUUACCCUCUUUAUCUUCUUAGUGUGCUGCCAGAUCCCCCUAUUUGGUAUCAUGUCUUCAGAUUCAGCCGAUCCUUUCUAUUGGAUGAGAGUGAUUCUAGCUUCUAACAGAGGCACAUUGAUGGAGCUGGGUAUUUCUCCCAUUGUCACGUCCGGCCUUAUCAUGCAGCUCUUGGCUGGGGCAAAAAUAAUUGAAGUCGGUGACACCCCGAAAGACCGAGCUCUCUUCAACGGAGCCCAAAAGCUAUUUGGCAUGAUCAUUACUAUUGGCCAGUCUAUCGUGUAUGUGAUGACCGGAAUGUAUGGGGACCCUUCUGAAAUGGGUGCUGGAAUCUGCCUAUUAAUCACCAUCCAGCUCUUUGUCGCUGGAUUAAUUGUCCUCCUUCUGGAUGAACUCCUGCAAAAAGGCUAUGGCCUGGGCUCUGGUAUUUCCCUCUUCAUUGCAACCAACAUCUGCGAGACCAUCGUGUGGAAGGCCUUCAGCCCCACCACUGUAAACACUGGCCGAGGAAUGGAGUUUGAAGGUGCCAUCAUUGCUCUGUUCCAUCUGCUGGCCACGCGCACUGACAAAGUCCGAGCCCUUCGAGAGGCCUUCUACCGCCAGAAUCUCCCCAACCUCAUGAACCUGAUUGCCACCAUCUUUGUCUUUGCAGUGGUCAUCUAUUUUCAGGGCUUCCGAGUGGACCUGCCCAUCAAGUCAGCCCGUUACCGAGGCCAGUAUAACACCUACCCGAUCAAGCUCUUCUACACCUCCAACAUUCCCAUCAUCCUGCAGUCGGCCCUGGUGUCCAACCUGUAUGUCAUCUCCCAGAUGCUGUCGGCUCGCUUCAGCGGCAACCUGCUCGUUAGCCUGCUGGGCACUUGGUCUGACACUUCUUCCGGGGGCCCCGCACGUGCUUAUCCAGUCGGUGGCCUCUGCUAUUACCUGUCCCCUCCCGAGUCCUUCGGUUCUGUGUUAGAAGACCCUGUCCAUGCCGUUGUGUACAUAGUGUUCAUGCUGGGCUCAUGUGCAUUCUUCUCCAAAACGUGGAUUGAGGUCUCAGGUUCCUCUGCCAAAGAUGUUGCAAAACAGCUGAAGGAGCAGCAGAUGGUGAUGAGAGGCCACCGAGAAACUUCCAUGGUUCAUGAACUCAAUCGGUACAUCCCCACAGCUGCGGCCUUCGGUGGCCUGUGCAUCGGUGCCCUCUCGGUCCUGGCUGACUUCCUGGGCGCCAUCGGGUCUGGAACGGGAAUCCUGCUUGCUGUCACAAUCAUCUACCAGUACUUUGAAAUCUUUGUGAAGGAACAGAGUGAGGUCGGCAGCAUGGGGGCUCUUCUCUUCUGAGCCGAGUGUCCCCAUGGACCAAGGAGGGGAACCGCUCUGGAGUUAGCGGGAAGGGAGAAGCGCAGAAUCUCCCUACGUGAGCUCUCCUCACAGGAGGGCGCUGCUGUGGCAUGUGGACUUCCAUUUAAUAAUGUUUUUGAAUUUUAUAUUCUUUCAUUCCACUUUGUAAAAUGCUAGGAAUUUCCCAAUUUGAAAUUUUGCUUUUUAUUCUGGCAUUGGCAAAAAGAACUGUACAAAUGAGGUUUUUAUUCAGCCAAUUGCCAGAAAUGGUGAAAAUGGUAAAUGAUAUCCUCAAGUUUCCAUUUAACUUUUUUUUUUAGCCUUCUCAGUGCUGUCUGUGGCCACAGUGGCCUCAGCUUUUACCCCACAAAGGAAAUUCUUUGCUCUGGCUGAAAGCACAAACAUUGGACUGUCUGCCUUUUGUUUUGGCAUUUUAGGGAAGCUGGCAGAGUACUGUGUUUUCUGGUGGACUUGGGGAGCUUGUGUAAUGAAACCUUACUACAGUGUCUCCUUCACAGUCAGGAUUGGGAACAUCUAGUUUAAGACUGGUUCUCUACAAGAUAAAAUCGUUUUUCCUUUUAAAAGUAGUUUUCUAGGACGGCUUCCACAAGAGGGCUGGAGUCCCCAGAAGAUAGACCAUCUGUUAACAUUACUGCAUCUGCCUAGUCAGGCUUAGAGGUGGAAAAGAAUAGUCUGCUUGUCUCUGCCAUCCCUGUAGUUAGCCUGUGCCCUUUGCUCAAGCAAGGCCAGCAUUCAGAGUUGAGCCCUGCCGAGCUAGGAUAGACAAUUGUGUGGGAGAAUCCAGAAGCGAGGUCUGUCUGUCCAGGUUGUCAUCCCUCUGACUUCUCUGCGUGGUCCACACUGCUAUUCCUCACUCCCCUAGCGAGGGAGGCAUUUUUGUAGGCAAUCAGACGUGGAAAGAGUUGACUUCAUGUUCAAAAGCCACUCUACCUUCUAGGCUGAAAACACCCCACGUGUAUUUUUUGAGCUUUUUUAUUGUGCUUUGGACCAAAUGCAAGUCAUGUAAAUGACCAGCUGCCACUGCUGUCCUUCACCUGGCUGGUCCUGUCCUAAGAGAGGAGGGUAGGCUCCAGUGCUCGGUAUGAAAGGGCUCAGGGUGAUGUCUAGGGUCAGGUCUGUGACUGACAGGUGACCUUCUGGGAGGUCCCCUUAGAGGACAGGUGCUGUCUCUAUAGUUUAGUCUCAGCAAGGGCAGCAGGGCCAUAGGCACUGCAGUCUUCAGGGACCUACAGUCUCAGAAUGGCCGUGGGGUGCUUGUGGAGGGGCUCAAUUCUAUGAAGAAGCCCCUCAGGCGACUGCAGUUGUAUGACAGAAGCCUCCAGCAGCAGGCACCAGUGGCCCCGAAGGCCAGAGCCAGGGCUGUGGCUCAGUGUUCUUUUGGUAGCAGAGGUGGCAAGCUGUGCCUGUCUGAUCAUGGUGGCACUCCCUGGCCACCUCACUGCAGUGCUGACCGGAAAACUGAGCUGACCAGGUAGGGGGAGUGACUUGCCUGAAGCCACCAACAGGUCAGCAGCAGAACCAGGACAGGCCCCAGUUCCAAACCUCAGUCCAAGGCUUACCACCCAUCACACGUGGCCUUGUCUAGACCCAGUCCUGAGAAGAGGGGAGGCUCUGAGACCCUGACACCCUUCUGCCUCACGUGGUUUGCUCCCUGCCCCUGCCCCAAACCUCCCAGCCCCGAUCCACUCAGCCCUGCCACAGAGCGGCCAGGCCUCCCACCAGCCCCACCACAUGGGCUGCUGUGGCCUUGGACAGACAUGGUGGCAGUGACCCAGCUUAGCCAAGGGGGUGAGUUCAGGGGUGCCAGGCCUUGUAGGGGCAGCAUGCAGUCCCGCCUCAGCCUGUAACCAGUGUGCUGUUGGCACCAGGAGUUGUCUGGCUGGGCCUUGUGUGGCCUGAGCUCACACUCUGGUUAAUGAUCAGGGUGGGUGGGGGCUGACUCUGACUUUCAGGGGACUGUCACUGUGGACGCCAAAAUGGCAUAACUGAGAUAAGGUGAAUAAGUGAGAAAUAAACUGAACUUUUUACAA